AUGCUCCAGGAGAAGGUGAUCGUCGGAGCGGCCUCGGCCUGCUCCAUAAUCGCUAUCGGUGCUUGUCUUGUUGUACUGCCAUCGUUGUACUACGAAAUCAAUGAAGUACACGACCAGGUACUCGACUCAGUGGCGGUGUUCCGUUUGGAGACCGACUCGGCGUGGAUCGACAUGAUGGACAUCCAGAUCGCCGUCAGUCCGCCGUCGAAACCUCGCCAGAAUCCGCUUGACUCCAUAUUCCGUCGUAAACGACAGAACUGGGGCAACCUGCCGGCGUGGUGUCAGUGCGAGCCGACACCACCUACUUGUCCACCGGGACCACCGGGACCACCUGGCAUGCCCGGCAUGCGUGGAACACCAGGACAACGAGGACCACCUGGACGCGACAAUACUCAAGUGUAUGCCCCGAUCACCUGCCCACCAAUCAGUCGAGAAUGCGUGCGAUGCCCUGCAGGACCUCCAGGACCGCCAGGACCCCUGGGACCAAUGGGCCGACCUGGACCACUAGGACGACCUGGCUCACCUGGAAAUCGUGGCAAGAACGGUCCUCCUGGACCUCCUGGUCCGGCAGGCAACAAAGGCAUGCCAGGACCACCUGGUCGCCCAGGAGGGCCAGGAAAGCCAGGUCGCGAUGGUCAACGCGGACGCGGCAAGCCCGGUUCACCAGGACCUCCUGGACGACCUGGCAUGCAGGGACGACCCGGUGGAAGAGGAAACAAUGGUCGACCAGGAUCAAUUGGACGACCUGGACCGCAAGGACAACCAGGAAUGCGUGGACUUCCGGGACAGCCCGGGCGACCAGGGCAACCCGGAACAAUGGGUUUGCCAGGCAGCGAUGCUGCAUAUUGCCCAUGCCCUCCGAGAAACAGCGUCUACACAACGAGUCAACGACUCAUCAAACGACAAUAA